AUGUCCACAGAGGAGCUGUCGGCCUCGGACAGCGAGGCCGGGCUGGCCGUUGCCGGGGAGCGGUGGGCUCCGGUGGGAGCCGUGGCCAGUCCGGAGGAUGAGCCCGGGUGCGGGGGUCGGUCUCCGGCCACCGAAGAGGAGAUGGCCGCCCGGCUGAAGAAGCUCGAGGAGGAGCAGGACUCGCUGAACUCCUCCCUGCUGGCCCUCACGUCCCACUUCGCUCAGGUCCAGUUCAGGCUGAAGCAGAUAGUCCACGCGCAGAGCGAGGAGAAGGAGCGGAUGCUGGCGGAGCUGGAGGAUUUCGCCUUCAGGGGCUGCCCGCACGUCGUGGGCUGCCGGGCUCAGGACGCCACGCAGCUGGAGAACUCGAGCGAGAGGGAGAAGAGGGAGCGGCUGGAGGCUCAGCGGGAAAAACAGAAGGAUCUCAUUUUCCAGCUGAAGACGCAGCUGGACGAUCUGGAGCGCUUCGCCUAUCAGGAGGGCAGCUACGACUCGCUGCCGCAGUCUGUCGUCAUGGAGAGGCAGAAGGUGAUCAUCGACGAGCUGAUCAAGAAGCUGGACGUGAACCUGAACGAGGACAUCGGGAACCUGUCCCCGGAGGAGCUGAGGCAGAGGGUGGACUCGGCCAUCGCUCAGAUCGUGAACCCCGGCCGCGUCAAAGAGCAGCUGGUGGAGCAGCUGAAGACCCAGAUCCGGGACCUGGAGAUGUUCAUCAACUUCAUCCAGGAUGAGGUGGGGAACCCCCUGCUGUCGGGCGGAGGGCCCGGUCCGCCGCCAUCGGCCACGGCGGGCAGCGCCAGGACCGCCGGCGUGAAGAAGAGAGGCCCAGAGGAUUCGGCAGACGGGCCUGCAGCUGAUCCAGAAGGCGCUCGCCGUGCUGCAGAUUUUCGCCGCCAGCCAGUUCGGCUGCGCGGCGGGCCGCGUGCCCCCGCCCAGCGUGUGGCCCGGGGGGGCGGGGGGGGGGCGGGGGGGCCGGCGGACUACGGCCCGCUGCUGCAGCGCCUGGAGGUCGCCGUGGAGACGGUGCGCGUGCUGGGCUCCCGCCGCCACCCCUCGGCGGAGCACGUGGUCAGCUACAGCGGGCCCCCGGCGGGGGGGGGCGCGGGGGCGGGGGGGCGGGACGCGCUGACGGUGGCGGUGCGGCGGGAGCUGGCCGCGGCCCUCAGGGAGCUGCUGUCCCACGGGCUGGUCCGGCCCUCGCAGGCCGUCAGCCUGGUGCUGGCGCCCAUCUCCUGCCUGCUGCCCUACCCGCCGGCGCCCCAGGCCAUGCACCCCUGGGAGCUCUUCGUCAAGUACUACCACUCCAAGAACGGCCGGGCCUUCGCCGAGUCGCCCGCCCGCCAGCUGUCGCACUCCUUCGGCCUGCCGGUGGGCGCCGGCGCCGGCGGCGGCGGGCCGGCCGCCGUCACGCCCAAGCAGUCGCUGCUGUGGGCCGUGCACCACGUGCUGACGGAGCACGGGCGCUACAAGCGCGGGCCGGACUCCGAGUUCAAGGCGCUGGUGUGCAUGGCCCUGAACGAGCAGCGCCUGGUGUCCUGGCUCAACCUGCUGUGCAAGGCCGGGAGCCUGAUCCACCCGCACUACCAGGCCUGGAGCUACAUGGCCCAGACCGGCUUCGAGGGGGCGCUGCGCAUCCUGGGCCGCAUCAGCCACCUCCGCUUCAACCUGCCCUCCGACCUGGCCGUGCGCCAGCUCAAGAACAUCAAGGACGCCUUCUGA